ACUGUUGUCUAGUUUCGUUGUAUUAUUUCAGCGAAAAAUUCAUCAUCUUAAUAUCGGGCGUAUAUUUUUUGUUGUUAUUUUUUAUUCAAUAAAAACUCAAAACAAAGUAACGAACGUCAGAUGCAGCAAUUCAGACGCUAAACAACAAAUUUAGUGCCACGGAUCACAUUUACUAGCGGAGUGCACAAAAAUAACUCGAGUAAAAGCUGCACGGCUGCCCCCACUGACUGAUUGAGCCAAGGAACAGGCAACAACAACAACAGCAAUCGAGAGGCCAAGAGGUCGCCAGGAGCGCUAUGGCAUUGGACAGCGUCACGCAAACGAUGACGGGCAGCAAUGCGCUGACAUCAUCCUUUACGACGAAGAAAAAGGAUGCCGCCGCCGCCGACAAGGAGAACCUCUGGUCAGCGAUAUUGAAUGAAGUACAAACACAAGGCAGCACAAAACUACCAUCAAAUAAAUCUGUACUAGUAUUAGGCGAUAAUGCCACUGGUAAGACGACGCUCAUUGCGAAGCUGCAGGGCGUCGAGGAUCCGAAGAAGGGUUCCGGCCUGGAGUAUGCCUAUAUUGAUGUCAAGGAUGAGUACAGAGACGAUAUGACGCGCCUCAGCGUUUGGGUACUGGAUGGCGAUCCAGGACACACAAAUCUGCUGCAUUAUGCGCUCAACGAAACGAACUAUGCACACACCCUCGUCAUAUUAACAGUCUCGAUGACACAGCCGUGGGGCUGGCUCGAGCAGCUCAAUCAGUGGAUCAAGGUGCUCGCCCAGCACAUUGAGAGCCUGCAAUUAGAUCCCAAAGAGAAGGAGGCGGCACGCCAGCGAUUAGCAACGACGUGGCAGAGCUACUGUGAGGUGGGCGAUGAUCUCGAUCCCGGCUCACCAGUUAAACGCACCAUGCACAACAAUUCGAUCGAUGAGGAUGAUCUGUUGCCGCUGACAGAGGACGCACUAAUUACAAAUCUGGGCCUGGACAUUGUUGUUGUGGUCACAAAGACGGACUACAUGUCAACACUGGAGAAGGAGUACGAGUACCGUGACGAGCAUUUCGAUUUCAUACAGCAGUGGAUACGAAACUUUUGUCUGCGGCACGGCGCUUCGCUCUUUUACACGAGCGUGAAAGAGGACAAAAACUGUGAUCUCCUUUAUAAAUAUCUAACGCAUCGAAUUUAUGGUCUACCAUUCCGUACGCCAGCGCUAGUCGUUGAAAAGGAUGCGGUGCUCAUUCCGGCGGGUUGGGAUAGCCUGAAGAAAAUAAGUAUUCUGUAUGAGAACAUGCAUGCGGUCAAGGCCGAGAAUCAUUACACAGACAUCAUCAAGGCGCCGCCCACACGAAAGGCCGUUUCCAAUCGCGAAACAGAGGUGCAGACCGAGGACGAGCAGGCCUUCCUGGCACGCCAGCAGGAGAUACUCAAGCAAGGCGGACAGGUGCGUGGCGAGUCGCCGUUGCGAUCACAGGGCGCCAAUGCCAGCGCCAACAAAAGUGGACCACGCACACCCGGCAGCGCCGGUCAAAGUUCACCCAAAAAGAUUGAUCCCAAGCUAACGCCUGCCACGCCCGGCGGCGAAGGUGUGCUGGCCAACUUCUUUAAUUCGCUGCUGCAUAAAAAGUCGGGCGGACCAGCCGGUGGGCCGGCGGGCGCAGCCAGUCCUGGCGGCGGCGUGGGCACGCCACGUACCUCCAAUGGCACCGAUUCUCUCUUGACGGGCGAAAAGAUAUCCGUGCGAUCCGAUGCGGCUGCUGAGCUCGAUCGAUUGGCGCGCAGCGUCAAAAAGGAUAUUGAUCUAUCCCAAAGUGAGUGUUGAAGGCGUAGUUACCGUGCAGGCAGCAUCAGUAGAAGCUACAACAGCAGCAACU